UGCGUGAUGACGCCGCCCCCUGCGUGGAAACCCCGUAGCCUCGCGCCGUGUUACCGUUGGCCGGAGCUGGAGAGAGCAGCGGCUGAGAGCCUGGAGUGGCCGCGGAGAAAUGAACAGCCAGGGCGGGGAUGAGAUUGGAAAACUUUUUGUUGGUGGCCUUGAUUGGAGUACAACGCAGGAAACCCUGCGCACAUAUUUCUCCCAAUAUGGAGAAGUCGUUGACUGUGUGAUAAUGAAAGACAAAACAACAAAUCAGUCAAGAGGUUUUGGAUUUGUCAAAUUUAAAGAUCCCAACUGUGUUGGAACAGUUUUAGCCAGCAAACCUCACACAUUGGAUGGCAGAAACAUUGACCCAAAGCCAUGCACUCCUCGUGGAAUGCAGCCAGAAAGAUCAAGAUCACGGGAAGGAUGGCAACCAAAAAGCCCAAGAAGUGAAAGCAAUAAGUCUACCAAGGUUUUUGUUGGUGGAAUCCCUCACAAUUGUGGUGAAGCUGAGCUGAGGGACUACUUCAAGAGAUUUGGCGUGGUAACUGAGGUUGUGAUGAUUUAUGAUGCUGAAAAACAGAGGCCCAGAGGUUUUGGAUUUAUAACUUUCGAGGACGACCAAUCAGUGGACCAGGCUGUCAACAUGCAUUUUCACGACAUCAUGGGCAAAAAAGUUGAAGUGAAACGUGCAGAGCCUCGUGACAGUAAAAGCCAAACUCCUGGACCUGCAGGAUCCAAUCAGUGGGGUAAUAGGGUCAUGCCCAGCACAGCCAAUGGAUGGACAGGUCAACCUCCCACAUGGCCACAGAGUUACAGUCCACAAGGCAUGUGGAUGCCAGCAGGACAAACUAUUGUCUUCUCCACAGGCGGGUACGGGCCUCCUGCUGGCCGGGGUGCUCCUCCUCCACCUCAAGCCUUUACCCCCUUCCUAGUAUCGUCACCUCCAGGAAGUUUCCCUGCAGCUCAAGGUUUCCCAACAGGUUAUGCAACGCCACCUCCUUUUGGUUAUGGCUAUGCACCUGCACCUCCUCCUGAUCAGUAUGUCACUACAGGCGUUCCACCUCCACCUGGUACUCCUGGAGCACCUCAACUGGCAUUCCCUCAACCUCCAGGGCAGUCGGCUCAGGAUCUUGGUAAACCUGGUGGUCAACAAGACUUUUCUUUUAGCCAAUUUGGAUAUGGACAGGAUAUGAGUGGGUUUGGACAGAGUUACUCUGACCUCAGCCAACAAACCCCCUCAUACACGACAGCAACAACUGCACCGGCAUCGGCAGGCCCGCCUGUGGGUGGCAGUGGCUUGGGAAGAGGACAGAAUCACAAUGUGCAAGGAUUCCAUCCUUAUAGACGUUAACAUCAGGGAAUGGGGUGCACAGUGGAAACAAAAGGACGCAUCCACCUCUGAACUUGUGACAAUCACCUGGUCAAGACACAUCCUGCUUAGAGACUUGUGGAGGUUCUAUGAUUUGAAGGAUAAGCUGUGGGUGUUUGGACAAGAGUUUUUACAUCUCUUUUUUUUUUUUUUUUUUUUUUUUUUUUUUGACCCAUCAGCACAAACAAAGCCAAUGAGUCACUGGUUCCAAACAGGGUCUUGAAAACAUCUGCAGCUUUAAUGGAACUCUUCAGGUUUAUUGGUUCAUAUUGUUUUCCUUGUUUUGGGGGAAUUUUUUUUUCUCUGAGCCUUUGUUUUACCAUUAAUUGUAAACUUUUAUGUUUAAAGAUAAAAUAUAUACAUUUAAAAAUUGUGAAUUUUUUAAACAAAAAGAUUUUCUACUAUGUAUGCAGGUUUAUUUUUUAAUUUAAUUGCAGGGUUUCCGGCAACACUGGAGUUCAGAAAAGUUUUAACUCCUUGCUUCUGAAUAUAUUUUUCAUUAAUUUUAUUUUAUUUUGGGGGUUGUGGGUUGUUGAGUGCAAUAAGUCAGCAUCUCUGAGUUACCCAGUGAUUUCCUACUGAGUGUAGUUCUUGAUUUUGUUACUUGACAUGAGGCAGAGUGCAGGGAACAGUCACCUGCUCAAAAGUCACCAAUGCAGAGACUUGAUAUGUACCCCUUACUUAUUGCAUUCUAACUGCAAGUUCUCUGGGGUUAUGGAGCCAUCUCUAGGUGUAAAUUCCUCAGGCUGAAGGUGUGCAGUGCAUUUUGCACUAACUGGUGAAUACCUCCUGGUUUGAAUAAAAAAAUCAUUUUGGAUGAUA